AGGAGUGGAGGCGGCGGAGAGGAGGCGGCACGGCCGCAGCAGAGAGCCGGGGCUGGCGGGAGCAGCGAUGCUCGGGCGGCGGAGCGGCGGGAUGCGGCGGGGCCGGGGCGCGGCGCUGGCGGCGCUGGCCGCGGUGCUGCUCGUGGCUGUGGCCAGAGCCCAGGUCCAGCAGGAGCCACGGCUGGAGACCACCGAGAACACCGGCAUCAACAUCAGCUGCUCACAUCCCAAAAUCCAGAGCAACGAGUAUAUCUACUGGUACCGUCAGCUCCCGGGCCGAGGACCCGAAUUCCUAGCACUCAUUGUGAAAGAGUCCAAAGAGCUGCCGGACAUUGCGGGCGGUCUGUGGGUGUCGGCAGAUCGCCGGAGCAGCGCGCUGUGGCUCCGGCGGCCCCGGCGCGGGGACGCGGCCGUGUAUUACUGCGCGCUGGGGGACACGGGCAGAGGAGCCGGGGCUGCGGCCGGGCACGAACCGCCGCGGGCGGGGCCGGGCGGGGCCGGGGCCGCAGCGCCGCCCGCGGCCAGCAGGGGGCGCUGCCGCUCGGCCGCCGGGCCUCAGGCGGCUCCGCAGCUCCUUCCUGCGCAGCGACCCCGCGCACACCGCGCCCGACACAGCCCUGCACGGCCGCCGGACACACGGCUCGCACAGCCUGCCCCCUGCGCUUACACACUCGGCACGCACUGCCCGGCCUCCCCUCCGCCCCUCUGCCUCCUCUGCCUGGCAGGAAACUGCUGCGGGCUGCGGCUCUGCCAUGGCCUUUGGCCCUCUGGGCGCGUGCAUUGCUCUUCUCAGCCUGCUUUGCAAAGCAGAGCUGCUCCUUCAGGCCAGCAUCUGUGGUGGGAGCUGACAAAGCAGCUGCGCUGGCAGGCACACAUGGUCUCAUAAAUGGAGUGCCGUCACCUCAGUAGGUCCCAGCGGGAGAGAUGUUUGCAGGGAGUCUUGCUGAGGUGACAGGGAAAUCUCCAUCUCUGUCCCUGGGGAAAAGUCUCUGCCUCGUACUGGAACGUGGAUGAGAAGCCACUUUCCCAUCUAGAUGUGUAAGGAGGGUGUACUUUGAAUCCCACCUGAGGCUGGAAUUCGCUUCUCUACAUUUUCUUCUCAUCCUCGGCUUCCCCCAAACACCCUUGGAUGAGCAGUCAGCAUCGUCCUGAAAUAGUAGAACAUCUCGGAGGGAAAACAAGGAAUGUGUUGGAUUAGAGGAGCAUUUCACAUCAUCGGAGGGCUCUGUCACACCCACCUUCCACCUGAAACGGAUUGGUCCCUUUUCCUUCACGUUUGUCACUUCUCAGGCAGCCUGCAAAGCAGAUGCCAGGAUUUAGCAAUGCUGCAAGCGUUGCAGGGAGACACCUGAAAGACCGAGCUGCACAUGAGGUUUCCCUGCAGAGACUUGCUCUAGAAACCCCAUUUGCUUUGGGGACAGGAGCCGUUCAGCAUGAUCAGGAACUGCCUCACUUGAGCAAGUUCAGCAGAGGCCACUGUCAGGGCAUGUGCAAGGCCAGGGUGUCUGGUUCUCUAAGGCUCACGUCACGUCCAUUUCCCUUGCCAAGGGAAGAACAAGGAAAAGGGAAAGUGACAAACAAAGCACACAAUGACACCAAUGUGGCAGUAGGUGAUAAGGGAGAGGAGGAGGGAGCUCAGAGCUCAUCAGGUUCUAAUUGAUGGGCCAUUAGGAAACUGCUGUGAAGUGGCUCAGGCUGAGCUUUGUCAGUGACAAGAAGUGACAAGAGGAACAUGACGAGAAUGGAGGGUUUAGGGGGUCUUGUGGGAUUAGGGAGCAGUCACCAAGGAAUGCUUGUGAGGCUGUGGAGCCUCCAGCCUUGGAGUUCUCCAAAAGCCAUCUGGACGUGGCCUGGGCAAACUGCUCUAUGUAAGCCCUUCUGAGCAAGGGCUUGGACCAAGUGAGCCCAGAAGAGGUCCCUUGCAAAGUAAACCAUGAUGUGAUUCAAUAUUGCAAACCACGAGGAGAGGAUGAGAGGAAUGAUCGAGCCUUCAACGGAGAAGUGAAAGUGAGAGAUUUGAAUCUUCUAGGAGUUACUUGGAGGCUGAAGAGGGAAGGGAGUCAGAUGUGCUGAAGAAGCUGUGAAGGCUGACGCUGAGGAGGAGGCAGGUGCAGCCAAGCGAGACAAAGGGUUAGGGAUGAUGAGGGAGGACACACAAGGCCCAGGAAAGGACAGACUGCAGUGAUGUGGCCCUGGUAUCUCUUCUCAGCACAAGUGCAGAAUCCUCAUCUCCCUGUACGUGUCUUAUUGUCUUAUCUCUGUUCUGAAGCUUAAGAAGGCACAAGCAUCAAAGGAGCCCAUAACAGGGUAAGCUUGAUCCUGCUCUUUCAGCUGGAAAAUCUGUGACAGCCUCAGGACCCUCCACUUCUCUAGAAACCCCUUCUAAACCAUGGGGAGGUGCAACAGUUGCAUGAGAAUGUUCCUCAAAUGACUAUUAUCAUUACCUGUAUUAUUUAUUAUUCUCGAGGGGGUUUUGUGACAAACCCAUUUUAGACAAAACCAAAAUGACCAGUAUGGGAUCACUCUGGAGUUGACUCGGUGUCAUAGGUUAGCAAGCAUAAUCCCAGAAGGGAUGUCCUUGCUAAGGCGUGCUUACAGUUUCCCCUGGGACCUGACAGAACCUAUCAGCGGUUCAGUUUGAAUAUGGACAAUUCUCUAAGCCACUUAAUGUUGUG